UUAUUUUUUUGGCCCACACGCAGCGUCUUGAAUUCUAAUUCUGAUCCAAGUUUCCAUUUUCUUCUCACAAUAUUUGCUUUGGCAUAUAUUCUCCUCCUAGCCGAUCGAUCCCUGGUGUAUCGCAAGGCAUGGAUCAGGCAGAGCUUGUGCGAGUUUUUCAAAUGUUUGAUAGAAACGGGGAUGGGCGAAUCACGCGGCAGGAGCUGACUGACUCGUUGAAAAACCUGGGAAUCUCGAUCUCAGAGCCAGACUUGACCCAAAUGAUCGAGAAAAUCGACGUUAAUGGAGACGGGUACGUGGACAUGGACGAGUUCGGGGAGUUGUACAAUGCGAUCAUGGACGAUAAAAACGAGGAGGAGGACAUGAGGGAAGCAUUCAACGUGUUCGAUCAAAAUGGAGAUGGGUUCAUCACGGGAGAGGAAUUGGGCGCCGUGUUGUGUUCUUUGGGGCUAAAGCAUGGCAAAACCAUUGAUUAUUGCAUGAGCAUGAUCAAGAAAGUGGACGUCGAUGGCGAUGGAAUGGUUAACUUCAAAGAGUUUAAGCAAAUGAUGAAGGAGGGAGGGUUUGCCGCUUCACCUUCGAUACUCUGAUGCAUGCAUCUGUAACUUACAUUAUUUUCUUUUUCUCUUUUAAAUGCAUAGAUGGAACAACUU